AAAGUAAUAUUCCUCUUUCCGCCACAUCGUUCAUCUUCCUAUUCUCUCUACGUUCACCAUUUGGAUCCAUCCAUCCAAAAAAACCCGUUAAAAUGUCUUCAAUUUCAUGCACAAAAUUAACACUAUUCACCAUAUCAGCACUCAUCAUCCAGUUCAUCGGUCUCUCGCUUUUCGUCUUCGCUUUCUUCCCUGUCAAACCACUUCUAUCCGGCUACAGUGGCUCUGAGAGUUUCCGACGUCCAACCUGUGAUGACGGUGUCGAAGCGAAUCCGAAUGAAGCAACUCUGCCUCCAGAUCGCCGGAGGUUUUUGUAUCAGGAAGUAUCUGAGAUGCCUCCUUCUUAUGAUCGACUCAUCUUAAUGGUCAUUGAUGGUCUUCCAGCAGAAUUUGUGCUUGGUAAGAUGGGUCAGCCACCAAGCAAGGCUUUUAUGGAAGCUAUGCCAUACACCCAGUCAUUGCUAGCAAAUGGAAUGGGUGUGGGAUAUCAUGCAAUAGCUGCAGCGCCAACAGUUACCAUGCCUCGUUUGAAAGCCAUGGUUUCUGGAGCAAUAGGGGGCUUCCUGGAUGUAGCUUCCAACUUUAACUCCCAGGCUUAUUCAGAUGACAAUCUUAUUGCACAAUUCUUUAAGAUUGGAUGGAAAAUGGUAAUGCAUGGUGAUAAUACAUGGCUGAAGUUAUUUCCUGGUUUCUUUGCACGGCAUGACGGAGUUAGCAGUUUUUUUGUUAAAGAUACUGUACAAGUGGAUCGUAAUGUGUCUCGACAUCUUGGUGAUGAACUUAGCAGAGAUGACUGGAAUUUACUCGCUUGGAUCAUGUUGGUCAUAUUGGUGGACGAAGCAGGUAUAAUCACUAACUUUCUGCUCUAUACAUGUAAUUUCAUUCUGUUCUCUAAGCUUCACUGGGACAUUUCCUGUUUCAGUGCAUUAAUGGCUGCAAAACUUUCCGAAAUGGAUGAAGUAGUGAGGAUGAUUCAUACUAAUAUCUUGCAAAAUCUUGAAAAUGAUCAAAGGCAAACGCUUCUGGUUGUAGUCAGUGACCAUGGAAUGACAGAAAGUGGUAAUCAUGGAGGUUCAUCGUAUGAGGAAACAGACUCUCUAGCUCUUUUUAUUGGACCAAAAAACCAUGCUUCUAGCCACACAUUAUCCAAUCAUGACACGAUUUUUCAGGUUGACAUUGCUCCAACAUUAGCUUUACUUUUUGGCGUGCCUAUUCCCAAAAACAAUAUUGGUGUUUUGAUCUCUCAAAUGGUCGACUCUCUGACUGAUGAACAAAAGUUGAGGGCACUGCAGUUGAACUCAUGGCAGUUAUUCAGAUUACUUCAAGCACAAUUGCCUGAUUUGUCUUGUAGAAAUUUUCCAUGUGAUUCUUUCAUUACUGAUAGUGGACCCACAAUUAGUGAAUGCAAAGGUAGCAAGGAAAAGUUGUUUUGUUGCUUGUAUUUAAACGCCGCCGCUCUUCAUGAUGCCUGGAGGGAUGAAGUAGUCAUUAAGUCUAAUAAUACAGAAGGAUACAACACCACUGUUGCAGCAUAUCAUGAGUUUCUAAGCAGAGCAAGCGAGUGGCUAUCACACAAAGCAACUGAUAGACCAAUUAGCUCACUUGCUUUUGGAGUUGCUGCUUUGAUCACAUCUUGCUUGAUACUGCUAAAACUUCUAUUUGUUAUCCACAAAGAAGUUCCUGCUCAGGAAAUUCAAGAUGUAGAGAAUUAUAUGAAGCCAUGGAAGUUGGAUGAAGUGUUCAUUUUGUUAGGCAUCCUGAUUCUUGUUAUUAGUAUGGGAUCAAGUUCAAUGAUUGAGGAAGAGCAUUACAUUUGGCAUUUCUUAACAUCCACAAUUAGCUUGUUAUUUUUUCGGAAAGCAAUACAAUCGUUUGACCUUAACAAAGCAGUUGGUGAUCUCAUUUCAGCAGAGAAAAAAAACUACACAUCAGGAUGCCAAAUUAGUUUGUUAUUCCUUAUUAUUUUUUGUGGAAGAAUUUUGAAAGGCUGGCAUCAAGGUGGUGUAAAUUGGACGAACCUUCCUGACAUUUCUUCCUGGCUUGAGCAGGCUGGAAGUCAAUAUAUAAAUCUGAUACAGAUAACAUCAUGUGUCAUAAUCUUCAUGUUGGGCAUAUUUCUAUUAUUCCUAUUGCAGUCCAAAACAAAAGUUGUAAUGGUCAUUGGGUUGAGCCUUUUAAUGUCUGGUUUGUUGGUAUUGCAGCAUUUUAUGAAACAUCAGAACAUGUCUGCCUCAAACAAUAAGGAUGCCACCUUAUCAGUUCAAGUUUUCUAUGCUGUUCUGGGAAUUACUACUGUUACAGUUGUAUUGGUUUUGCCAUGGGUUAUGCCUAAGAAUACUCAUGAAAAGUGCUCAAAAUGGAACCUCUACAUGUCUGCUUCUGUUCCUACAGAAAUCCAGAAUAUGACACCAAUAUUUGUUUUAAAAGAUUCUUUGUAUGUUAUAGGGUGCAUGUACAUAACAUUCUGGUGUCUUCUGCAGUUGUUGCUUCAACGACCGAUUAAUGCAAUGCCUUUGUUGUUGCUCAAUGUUCAAAUUUUGGCUUACAUGCUUGCUUUCUCUUCUUGUGGGUCACAUCAUAAUAAACAGUGGGUCGAGAUUGCUGCUCUGUACAAUCUUGGAAUGGCAGGCCAUUUUGCUCUUGGGAACAGUAACACGCUAGCUACCAUUGAUGUGGCUGGAGCUUUUAUUGGAAUUUCAAGUCAUUCAACCUUCCUUUCAGGUGUUCUAAUGUACAUCAUUACAUAUGCAUCCCCAAUGUUAUUCUUUUUUUCUUUGGUGAUGUACAUCUCUAUCAAGAUCACAAUCUGUCCACUAGUUACCGACGGUGGAAAUUCUGGAGAAAUUCUUAAGUCUUUUCUUGGAUUUCCUUGCCUAGUACCACUGAGCAUAAACUCCAUUCUCUUGUCAGCAUACACGAUUGUCUUAGUGUUGAUGAGGAACCAUUUAUUUAUUUGGAGCGUCUACUCUCCCAAGUACCUUUAUGUCUGUGCAGCAACUGCAUGUGUCUAUAUUGGGGUCUUCCUUGUUGUCACAACUGUGAUUUAUACAUAUAUAGUGCUUUUCUGGCUGAGAAAGAGUUUUUCCAUAACUAGCAAGGAAGAUGGUACGCGAUAAUCUAUGUUAACGUAAAUUUAUUAUUACACUGUCAAACAGCAAUUUUGGCUCUUUUAAGUGCUUAGUUAGUAAGUGAAUGUUAUUUUAAUUUUCCGGGUGUAUCACAAAGUGUAAAAUAUGGAGAUGCGUUAGGAGAAAAUUUAGAACAGAACGAAACCUAUCUACAUAGGACCAUACUGUUGAUGCCAAUUUACAAAAUGAACUGGGUUUUUUUUUUUUUUA